ACGUUAUCUUGGCCAAUAAAAUCCCCAACCGAACCUUGCGAAUAGCGAAUACGAUAACAUCGGCGAUACAUCUUGUUGUUUAAAGUAACAAUUUGGAUUCAAAACAUAUGUAACAUAGAUUUGGGGGUCGACGUUUUGUCGAGUAUUGAGUAAACUUCUUUCACCGGAGAAACACAGCUUUCUUCCGGUCGAUCGAACAUGGCGGAUGAGGAGCGAAUGCAUUUGGUGUCUCAUGAAAAAACUGAAAGCAAUGAAUCAGCGAAGCCGACGGCAGGUGCGGAAUCUUCAGAGGAAGAAACGGCGUUUGAAGAUGUUCCAGUGUAUAUAACAUGCCCGUACUGUAAUGAAAAAAUUGUUACUCGUACGAGUUUCAAAUCCGGAAAGUACACAUAUUGGACAUCAGCUUGUCUUUGCAUAUUUCAGUAAGUACAACAGUUUUUUUUCUUUGUAAUUAAAUUGCCUUUUUCUAAAGGUAGAAAUAUUUUGUCGUGCUUCCCCUUUUCAGCUCUAACAAUACGAAACCGUCAUAUUUUUUUAUCAGUAUGUGACAAAAUUUUAAUUAAAUAAGAAUUUUCAAUUAUUAUAAAAAGAAAACCCAAAAACUCUAGAGCAAAAAAUUUAGUUCUCAAUGAGCGCAAAGAAAGCUUUCAUUAUUAAUACAGUGAAUAUAAGAGUACCUUGAUUACAAAAAAAUAUCGCAGUGUAACAAAUUUUACGCUCCGUAGAUAUAAACGCGAAUGAAAAAGCCUGAAGAACGCUGACGGUGUUUAAAGUAAACACUACUCAGUUUUGAUUUUAAUCAAUGAAGGAUUGCGAGCUAAACUGAAUAGAAUUUUUAAGUUUAAAAGCAACAAGGAUCCUUUCCAACGAAUUUUUUAUUAUAUUUUUCCUAAGUAGCAUGUGACAAAAUUUCAAACAAAACCGGUCUUGAUAUUAAUAAAACGCAUGGUGGGUCACACUACCCCAAACGAACCCCCUCUGUGGGAAGUUCAUUGUCUUUCCACAUUUUCUCAGAUGAGACUUGUGAAUCGUAUAAGUAGAUUGUUCCAAAACACUCUAUUCUAAAAGUAAUUGACAUAUAAAGUUAUGUACAUCUGAUAUUGUUUGUCUCAAAAUAAACUUAUUUCCUCUUUCAUAUGCUGCAUCUGUUACAUGUGUGUUUUUUCAACAACAAUCACGUCAAGACAUGAUUGAUUAUUGUUGUUUUCGCGUAUUAUUUUUUUUGAAUUAUCAUUGACAACUAGAAGAGAAUACGGCCCAAGUGUCGUUUAACUCCCUCCAAAAAAAAUGUUUGUCAAUAAUUAAUUAUCAAGAAUUGGAGGAGAUCUGAAGACUUUUGGCCCUAACAACUCGACGAUUGUAAGCUAAAUUUCCAAACUACCUUUCUAAAGAAGGUGACUGAUAAAGACCGGAAUUUAAAUUCGAAACCACCCGAACUACGACUGAUUUAAGCACUCUCUAUUUAUUAGAUUGUAUGGAAUCUUUCUUACCCUUCUCCACAUGUGAUAGGAGACAACAUAUUAAAAUUCAUGAGCAGUAAUUCGGUAGGAUUGUCAAAGGACGCACAAUAUGACUGCUUGGCCAAUGGUCGAUGUUUUUCUGAUAAUUGGGUGAAGUUGUUAGGCAUAAACUUCCUAUGAAUCCCUGUUGGAGGGAUCAAACGAUCAGCUAUUUAUACUGUUGUGGCUUUAAAGAGUACUAUAUUCCAUUGUUUUCUUCAGCAAGUGUGUAAUUUUAACUUGCGAUCGGGUGGUUUUAUCGUAGAAGGCUGGUUACCGCCUUCUAGAAGCUUCUAGAUUCUGGUCACUGUUUACCCCAUAUUACGUCAAGAGUUUAAAGUCAUUAAUGUAAAAUGGCAGGCAGAAAACAUCUGUAUUCACUCCACUGAAAUUUGCCGUUUCAGUUUUUUAGUCUACUUUGAGAAAACAAAGAGAUGUGAGUAUGUAAACAGUCAGAAUCCAGGGGCGUAGCCAGCUCAUAGACCUGUAGGCCGGGGCCUACAAAUUUUACGUUUGAUCAGUCUACUCCUUGUAACAAAUUAUGUGUUGUUGGGGUGAGCUAAAAAGCGUAAGAGCUCAAAGUGUUAGUGAGGUCAGUGCGUACUAUUAAUGCGUCGAAAAGCUGGCUACGCCCUUGGAAUCUAACUCUUAUGUGUUUUACUCAGGUGCUACUGUUGUAUGUGGAUUCCAUUUAUCAUGGAUGGUCUCAAGAAUGUUGUUCACACGUGUCCAAAGUGCGGUUCGAAGCUUGGUGAAUAUACGCGUUUUAGAAUGGAUCGCAUUUGGAAGAAAAAGAAGAAGCAUAGGCAAGCACAACACAAUUAUACGAGAGGAUAAUAUAAUAUAAUACAAGUUGAAUGAUGAGAAGAUAAUUUUGGGACAAAAGCUUGUGUUCUGUUCGCAGACUUCAGUUACUGCAUGACUUGUCGUUUCGUUUUGAAAAUUGGAUGGAAGAAGUUCCUAGAGAUCGCAAGAGAGUUCAAGAAGGUAUUCGAGAAUUUUUCCUGGUUGACCUUGUUAAAAUGAACCCCACCUCAAAUAGGCGCCUCGUUAGAGUGACGCUCCCUGUAAGAAAAAAAUGUUUUUAUACUUGAGCAAGAGAUAAUCAAUCUCUCUUGACUUGAAGAAGAGAACGGUGUCUCAACAAAAGUGUAAAAUAUUAAAAUUCUCCUGCACAA